AAAGACUCAGAUUGGUGGAUGUACAUGCAAGCUGCGAGGUAUAAGUGUCGUACACAAGGAAAGCCAGCUUCAUUGCCAACAUGAAGGUCCUCCUGUUUUUUGGAUUGGUGGCUUUUGCCCUCGCUGACGUCACUCGCUUUGAGGGUGAUAAAGUUCUGCGUCUGAAGCCUGUCCUUAAUGAACAUGUGAAAGUCAUUAGGGAACUGGCUAACAGUGUUCAGCUCGACUUCUGGGCCCCAGAAAGUGCUGAGCAGGUGACUGUGGGCAUGAGCGUGGACAUCCGUGUGCCUGCCCAGUACCUUGACAUGGUGUUCACCGUCCUGCAGCAGAGCGGCAUGCAGCUAGAGGUCUUUAUUGAUGACGUUCAGGAGGCUGUUGAUCGCCAGAUUGAAAACAAGGGUUCUCCCAGAGCCCACAGCUACACCAAGUACAACACCUGGAGUGAUAUUGAGUCAUGGAUGAACUCAAUGGCUACUUUCAAUUCUGAUAUGAUCAGCAAGGAGGUGAUUGGAAACACCUAUGAGGGGCGUCCCAUGGUAGUUCUCAAGAUUGGUAAGAAGUCUGGUUCAACCAAGCCUGCCAUCUUCAUGGACUGCGGAUUCCACGCCAGAGAGUGGAUCUCUCAUGCUUUCUGUCAGUGGUUUGUCAAUGAGGCUGUGACCACCUAUGGUAGUGAUUCUCAGAUGACUAGCCUGCUCGACAAGAUGGAUGUCUUUGUUCUGCCCGUCUUCAAUAUCGAUGGUUACGUGUUCACCCACACAAACAACAGGAUGUGGAGAAAAACUCGCUCCAGGAACGCUGGAUCCAGCUGCCUUGGAACUGAUCCAAACAGAAACUUUAAUGCUGGCUGGUGCACCAUUGGAGCUUCCACCAACCCCUGCAGCGAAACUUACUGUGGCACCGCUCCUGAAUCUGAAAUUGAAUCCAAGAAUCUUGCUGACUUCAUCCGCAAAAAUAAAUCCAUUAUCAAGGCCUACAUCACUAUCCACUCCUAUUCUCAGCUGCUGCUCUUCCCCUACUCCUACACCUAUGAGUUAGCUGCAGACCAUGACGAGCUGAUGGCAGUUGCUAAGGGAGCUUCUUCAGCUCUGCGUAGCCUGUAUGGCACAGUCUACACCAGCGGCCCCGGUGCUCCAACUAUCUACCCCGCUGCUGGAGGCUCUGAUGACUGGGCCUACGACCUGGGAGUGAAAUAUUCCUACACCUUCGAGUUGCGUGACGAGGGUCAAUAUGGCUUCCUGCUGCCCGAGUCUCAGAUCAAGCCCACAUGCGAGGAGACCAUGCUGGCCGUCAAGUACAUUGCGGCCCACGUGCAGAAGAACCUCUAUUAAAAUGCGGAACUGCCAGGACCCCUGCCAACUCGGCUCCUCUGUACCAGCCCCCAGCCCCUCCAACCUCUCAGCCAUCUCCUGCCCGUAUCCAUGGAUACAGGGCACCACCCGCCAUGUUUCCUCACUGUGCUUGACAGAAUGUCAAGAUGAGUGCAAACAAUAAAAUCAAUGAUCCAUCCCCACA